ACCUUUAAAUACCAUUGUCGUCUGAAAUCACACAUGAGAACACACACUGGAGAAAAACCUUUCUCUUGUUCAAUCUGUGGUAAAGGUUUUACAGUAGGUCAUAGUUUGAAAGUACACAUGAGAACACACACUUGUGAAAAACGUUUUUCCUGUUCAACCUGUGGUAAAGGUUUUACACAAAGUCAGAGUUUGAAAAUACAUAUUAGAACACACACUAGAGAAAAACCUUUUUCUUGUUCACUCUGUAGUAAAGGUUUUACACAAAGUAUCAAUUUGAAGGUACACAUGAGAACACACACCAGUGAAAAACCUUUUUCCUGUUCAAUCUGUGGUAAAGGUUUUAGAGAAAGUCAACAAUUGAAAAGACACAUGAGAACACACACUGGUGAAAAACCUUUUUCAUGUUCAAACUGCGGUAAACAUUUUACUCAGAGGCCAGAUUUAAAAGUACACAUGAGAACACACACUGGAGAAAAACCUUUUUCAUGUUCUAUCUGUGGUAAAGAUUUUACUCAGAGGCCACAUUUGAAAGUACACAUGAGAACACACACUGGAGAAAAACCUUUUUCAUGUUCAAUCUGCGGUAAAGAUUUUACUCGAAGGGAAAAUUUCAAAAAGCACAUGAGAAUACACACUGGAGAAAAACCUUUUCCUGUUCAAUCUGCAGUAAAUAUUUUGCGCAACGGCACUAUUUGAAAGAACACGUGAGAACACACACUGGAGAAAAACCUUUUACAUGUUCAGUAUGUUGUAAAAGUUUUUUACAAAGUCAGCAUUUGAAAAGACACAUGAGAAGACACCCAGGAGAGAAAGUGUUGAGUUGCAGUGUGUGUGGUGA